AACUAUCAGUUUAUGUUGAUUUAGUGUUCACUUCAACUUUUUUGUCAAGGAACCAAUUUAUAAUUUCAAAACGCUUGUUCCACUACGCUUACCAUUACACAUUGAUUGCGAUUUUUCCGAUUGCACUCGAAAGCAUCAUCGUACAGAACGUACCAGGAAGAAGCGAAGCGCCAGUGCGAGGACAUCGGCAUAUUGUGACUCUCUUAAAGGACUGGAGUGAUUUCCAUUACCUGAGACCUGUAUUUAUUUAUUUUUUCACAAGAAUGCAGGCAUAUCGGAGAAGUUGUGCUGUCCAUAAAAUAAAUCAGUCCGGCCAUUUUUUGGGUUUCCCCCUUCUCACGUUACUCUAAUACGGGAACAGAGGCGAAGAUUACAAGAAAGGAGGAAUUCCUUUUCAUUGCCGGCAACAAUUGAAACAUCUGUUUACCGCAAUGGACAGUCAGGAGGUGGGGGAUUUACUGGAGGAGUGCCUCAGAGCAGCAGCAGCAGCUCAACAGUCCACCCAGCCCGCUGAGGAUGAGAGGCUGAACUACUGCAGCUGCAGAGGUCAGACACAAGACUCGCUGUGUGUAGAACUGGCCUCUCUCCUGCAGGAGGCAAUGGACAUGAAGUGGCCCUUUGUGCCGGAGAAGUGGCAGUACAAGCUGUCAGUCAGUGCCAAUGACAAAACUAACCUUAGUGACCUCAUCAGCAAGCACCUACCUCAGCUACUGGCUGUUCUAAGGGCUUCCAUCGUGGCUCAGGAGGCACGCACAGCACUGGCAGUGGUCUUCUUGGUGGACCGUUUCCUCUACUGGACGGACGAGUCCAGCCGGCUGCUAAAGCUCACCAAGCUUCUCCACAGAUGCCACCCUGACACCCCUGUAGCGCCCCAGCUGGUCAUACGACAGGCCAGGGUGUACCUCAACUCUGGCAAAUUGCAGAAGGCAGAGUACAUCCUGAGCAGCCUUAUAAACAAUUGCGGGGCCACAGGUUGCUGGUUGUACCACUCUGAAAGUGACAAGGCUCUUGUGCAAGCUGUAAGUGUUCAAGUACGUGGAAUGAUUUUGCAAAAGCUAGGCCUGUGGCUUGAGGCUGCAGAGUUAAUCUGGGCUUCUCUGGUUGGCUACUACUCACUUCCUCAACCUGAUAAAAAGGGCAUUGGAACUUCUCUUGGCAUACUGGCCAACAUAUUGGUGUCAAUGAAUGAUGAGGACUUCCAAGCUUUUAGGACAAAUCCAAAUAUUGACUUGCAGUGCUUACUAGGGCAUGAGAGUCAUCGUCUUCUUUCAGCAGCCCAGGCAGCAAAAAUGGCGGUGGUUUACAGCCAGUUCACUUCACUCUAUGUGUUGACCAAUGUGGCAACUCAAGGGACCUGCUACUUAUCAUACAGUUUCUCAGUGGAGUGCCCCGACUCUCAAAGACAGACUUUCCUCCUGCAGGCUCGAGAGGCAUUUUCCAUUGGCUUGCUCACCAAAGCAGAGUGCAAGCAGGUCACAAGCAAGCAGGAGCUUCACACCUUCCUCAAGGCUGCCUAUUCCCUCACUGUCGCUCACAAAUGGCUUGGCACUACUCAGAAGGUUGUGGCACAGGCGACACAAACGUGCCAAAAGGCUUUAGCCAGUUUCUAUGAUUACUGUCAUGCAGAUAACCAAGGCAAGGACAGCCUCUGUGCUGAGAUCAUGCAGCUAGUCACCCAAGUCAAGAUGCUGUUUCGAGUGGAGCCUUUCCUCAAUUCCGACAAGGGGUCUUUUAUUCCUGACAGCUACCGAAACACCAAAGAAGCAUCAGUAAAUUUUACUCUGGAAGGUUUCUCUAAGUUGAUGCAGGGAUUCCAGAAGUUGCAUGCAUCGCUGUGCGAGACAAGCAGCUCAAACUGUAAGAGGACUAAAGGAGAGAUAGCUGGGGAGAGGCUGUGUAUAACUGCACUGGGGACAACCAUAGGUACACUCGACACAGAAUGCAAAGUGUCAAAAGACACACCCAAAAGAGAGGUGCCCCAUCAAAGAGCAUCAGAUCCAUCUGCUGUUCAGCCGUCUCCAAAGCCUGACCAGUGUACGACUCUGGGAAGCACAGAUGACCUUGGUUCAUCGUGGCAGAACUUCUCCUUGAGUAGCCCAGGGUAUUCUAGCCCCGGCAGGAGUGGCUACAUAGGAAGUAGUGCCGUAGAGCAUGGAAUAAAUGUGAGGAACCAGAGCUGUCUGACCACUGAGGCUGAUGACAGCAUGCUUCAGUUCACUGACAAAAACAUGAAGCCAGACUUGCAUGGUUCCAGUUCUACUGUCAAUUCAGGUACAGUUGCAACACCUGCUACUUCCUCCUCCAAUGUGAGCAGUGAUUCGGAAAAGUUUGAAUUGAUGCACGCUGGAAUAGAGACACUGGGCACUGAGGAGGACUGGAUGAUUGAUGCUGCUGGUGCUGUGGCUGAAGGAGCACCACAGUCCUUGUCCCAGCUAACUCUCAGAACCUCCUACAGCUCACUAAGUGACAGUUUCAGUUCCCAUUCAUCAUGGGAGAAAAUUUCGAUUGAUGUGAACUCUGCCACAAACCGUAAAUCCCAGCCAUCUAGCCUACCAAAAGCAGGAACCAGCCAAAGCAGCAAGUCACCAGAUUCCGAUGGGAGCUUCUUCCUCUUAGAAACACUCGAUUCUGAAACCGAUGAUGCAGCUCAUGGUCCCAUGUGCAAAAACCACACAUCUAGAGGGGAAUUCAGAGCCUCGUCCAAGUCACAAAACCAGGAGUGUAAUGUUGACCCGAAUAAAGACACUGAGACUGACUCUGUAUCUGUAAAACCUCUUAACGAGAGCUCUUUAGCAACCCCUCACCCAAACUCUUCCCAGUACACUUCCCCAGAUAGUUCAUUUGACAUGGUGGAAUUGAAUGAAGUCUCCUCUAUAGCAAAAGUUAAUGUAAUUCAGAGGAAGAACCCCUUGUGCUUCAGCUGCCUAAAGCACAGCACCGAAGGUGGUGUUGUCCCUGAGAGACAAUAUUUGUUGUCACAGAUGGAUUACCAAGCCCUACUGGCUGGCGUUUGCCAUGAAUGUCUGCUGACGAGGUUGCACAGUGAUGAGACACAAUUCCAACUUAAGGAACACAGAACUGUCUACAGUGCACUUCAUUUGAAGUUCUCCAAAGUAAAAGGACUGUGGACGGCAAGGGAGACCUGUGUUUACAUUGGAGAGCCAGUGGGGAUGCAGGGCAAGCAGAGAACAGCAAUAUGGGUACAGUUUUUACACCAGGAGGAAAGGUUAAGCAGCUACGUCGGGAAGGACUACUUGAAACCGAAGCAGAUCCAGUUUCACCUGAAAGACGUGGAGAGACAGAUGACAGCUCAGUACUACGUGACUGAAUUCAAUAAGUGUCUCUACGAAAAGGAUGUGAUGGCUCAGAUCUACUUCAUUCCCUCAGAAGCACUGUUGAUUUUGGAUGGCAACGAGAUUGUGGGCUGUGUGACAGUGGAGCCCUAUAUGCUCGGAGAAUUUGUCAAAUUGACCAACAACACUGGAAAGAAGGACAAGAGUUUCCAGGCGACAGAAUAUGGCCUUGCCUUUGGACACUUCACCUACCUGUUCUCCAACUGCCAGGAAGUUGUUGUAGACCUACAAGGGUGGGUGACAGCCAAUGGCAAAGGGCUGACCUACCUCACUGACCCCCAGAUCCACUCGACCAAGGCCCCUAGGGGCCCCUCCAACUUUGCUACCAGAGGCCUCAGGUACUUCCUGGAAGAGCAACAUGGACCAGAGUGUACUGGCAUCUGCCAGCUGCUCAAACUACCUAAGGUGGUCGCAUGUUCCUCCUAAGAAACUAUGAUUUUAAAGUUACAUUUAUUGAGUGCUAGAAAAGUUAAUGUUUUAACUGAUAGAUUUACAUUUCAAAAAUGCACAGAUUUACAUUAUUUUGCAUAAGUAUAGUAUUUUUUUUUAAGUCUACAACUGAUAUAAAUUAUGUAUUUUCAGCAACCUAAUCCUGGCAACAGUAGACUCCUUUUACCAAAACAACAUAUAAAAAAACCUAAUAGCAAUAUAAGUGAGGGAUAUGAGUAACCCUACUCCUAACCCUACAUUUUCAAUCUUAAACCUUCUUCAACCUCUAUUCGGAAAAUAAUUACUCCGUAGUUGGAAGGACAAAAUGAAGCCGUUCCACAUUGUGUCAUACUAUUACGUAAUGUUCUGGACUCUGGCCUCACUUGCCCUCAGUUGUAAAUCACGAAAAAGCACUGCUGAAAUAAAAGGUUUUAUUUUGGAAAAUAAA